AUGGCUACAGCAGCAGGCUCCAGCAGCAGGCUACAGCAGCAGGCUCCAGCAGCAGGCUCCAGCAGCAGGCUCCAGCAGCAGGCUCCAGCAGCAGGCUCCAGCAGCAGGCUCCAGCAUCAGGCUCCAGCAGCAGGCUACAGCAGCAGGCUCCAGCAGCAGGCUCCUGCAUCAGGCUCCAGCAGCAGGCUACAGCAGCAGGCUCCAGCAUCAGGCUCCAGCAGCAGGCUCCAGCAGCAGUCUCCAGCAGCAGGCUCCAGCCGCAGGCUCCAGCAGCAGGCUCCAGCAGCAGGCUACAGCAGCAGGCUACAGCAGCAGGCUCCAGCAUCAGGCUCCAGCAGCAGGCUCCAGCAGCAGGCUCCAGCAGCAGGCUCCUGCAUCAGGCUCCAGCAGCAGGCUACAGCAGCAGGCUCCAGCAGCAGGCUCCUGCAUCAGGCUCCAGCAGCAGGCUACAGCAGCAGGCUCCAGCAUCAGGCUCCAGCAUCAGGCUCCAGCAGCAGGCUCCAGCAGCAGGCUCCAGCAUCAGGCUCCAGCAGCAGGCUACAGCAGCAGGCUACAGCAGCAGGCUCCAGCAUCAGGCUCCAGCAGCAGGCUCCAGCAGCAGGCUCCAGCAGCAGGCUCCUGCAUCAGGCUCCAGCAGCAGGCUACAGCAGCAGGCUCCAGCAUCAGGCUCCAGCAGCAGGCUCCAGCAGCAGGCUCCAGCAGCAGGCUCCAGCAGCAGGCUCCAGCAGCAGGCUCCUGCUUCAUGCUUUCUUACUGUUGUUAGCGUUAUGA